AUGGCGGAGAGCGACGGCGGCGAGGCGGACCCCGGCGCCGGCCGGGCGGCCGGCGCCGACGACCCGGCCCCGCGCACGCAGCGGCCGCAGCUCGCCAAAUCGCGCACCAUCUCCGGCUCCGCCGCCGCAUCCGCCGAGAUAAGACGGGGCGGGAGGGACGGCGGCAUCCUCGCUCGCCGCUCCUCGGCGGCGGUCGCCGCCCUCCCGCCGGUGCCGGGCCGGCUCACCGUCGCCGUGGACGACCCCUCCCACGCGGCGCCCAACGCCGGCGUGCUCGACCGCGACUGGUGCUACCCGUCCUUCCUCGGCCCGCACGCCUCGCGCCCGCGCCCGCCGCGCCAGCAGCAGACGCCGCCGCCCGCCUCCGCCGCCCGUCGGAACCCUAGCGGCAACCCCGCCACCACGCGGAGGGUGGCGGCCUCGCAGCGGGACGAGGAGAAGUCGCUGGCCUCCGUGGUCAAGCAGUCCGCGCUGCUCGGGGAGAGGAGGCCGCUCUCGCCGCCGCCGCCGCCCCCCACGCGCGCCCGCCGAUUCGAUCUCUCCCCGUACUGCCUCCUGCUCUUGCUGGUCGUAACCGCCACAAGCUCUUCCCUGGCCUUCUGGCAGUGGAUGAAAGUGUUGGGGCUCCAGAAGAAGAUCAGAUCAUGCAGUGGUGGUGGUGCUGAUGCUGUGGACAGUGAGGAAACUGCUGAGACAUCCUGGGUUCUGGGGGACCCUGGUUCAGGGUUUGUUACCUCCGAGAGCUGGAAAUUAGCUCCGAUGCUUGCUCUGGCAAUACCGAUAUUCCUUUUUAAAUACGCUGAGCAGCUGCGACGGAAGAAAGAAAAUUCCAGUAGGACGAGAAGUACCGAGGAAGAAGUGCCUCUCGAGAAGCGGAUCGCUUACAAGGUUGAUGUGUUCUUCUCAGGGCAUCCGUAUGCUAAGCUGCUCGCCCUCCUGAUCGCCACUGUAAUUCUCAUCGCCUCGGGCGGCAUUGCGCUGUAUUCUGUUAGUGGCAGUGGGUUCCUGGAGGCUAUUUGGCUUUCUUGGACUUUUGUGGCAGAUUCAGGAAACCAUGCUGACCAGGUUGGCCUGGGUCCAAGGAUUGUGUCCGUGUCGAUUAGCGCCGGUGGCAUGCUGGUGUUUGCCACGAUGCUCGGGCUUGUGUCAGAUGCGAUAUCGGAGAAGGUAGAUUCCUGGCGUAAGGGGAAAAGUGAGGUGAUAGAGGUCAACCAUAUACUAAUCCUCGGAUGGAGCGACAAGCUGGGCUCUCUUCUGAAGCAGCUAGCUAUAGCGAAUAAAAGUAUUGGUGGUGGUGUAGUUGUUGUUCUGGCAGAAAGAGACAAGGAAGAGAUGGAGAUGGACAUAGGAAAGCUAGGAUUUGACUUCAUGGGAACAUCUGUAAUAUGUAGAAGCGGCAGCCCUCUAAUCCUAGCAGAUCUAAAGAAGGUUUCUGUUUCCAAAGCGCGUGCUAUUAUUGUCUUAGCAUCUGAUGAAAAUGCAGACCAAAGUGAUGCACGAGCUUUGCGUGUCGUACUGAGCCUGACUGGAGUAAAAGAGGGCUUAAGGGGGCAUAUUGUUGUAGAGAUGAGUGACCUUGACAAUGAACCUUUAGUGAAAUUGGUUGGAGGCGAACUAAUUGAAACAGUUGUUGCCCAUGAUGUCAUUGGACGUUUGAUGAUACAGUGUGCACUCCAACCUGGCUUGGCACAGAUAUGGGAGGAUAUUUUGGGAUUUGAAAAUGCAGAAUUCUAUAUAAAAAGAUGGCCAGAAUUGGAUGGCAUGCGGUUUGGGGAUGUGUUAAUCUCAUUCCCUGAUGCUGUGCCCUGCGGAGUGAAGCUUGCGUCAAGAUUUGGAAGUAUAUUAAUGAAUCCGGAUGAUGAUUAUGUUUUAAGAGAAGGUGAUGAGAUCCUUGUUAUAGCCGAAGAUGAUGAUACUUAUGCACCUGCUCCUCUACCAGAGGUGCAUAAGGGCUUUCUACCUAAUGUUCCCACCCCUCCUAAAUAUCCAGAGAAAAUCUUGUUCUGUGGUUGGCGACGUGACAUCCACGAUAUGAUAAUGGUUCUAGAAGCAUUUCUUGCUCCAGGUUCUGAAUUGUGGAUGUUCAAUGAGGUGCCAGAGAAGGCGAGGGAGACAAAACUGACUGACGGUGGUAUGGAUAUUCUUGGACUAACAAACAUUAAACUUGUGCACAAAGAAGGGAAUGCUGUCAUCAGGCGGCACCUAGAAAGCUUGCCUCUUGAGACCUUUGAUUCUAUUUUAAUUCUUGCAGAUGAGUCGGUGGAGGACUCCAUUGUACAAUCAGAUUCACGGUCCUUAGCUACACUUCUUCUAAUUCGUGACGUUCAGUCCAAACGUCUUCCGUCAAAGGAGUCAAAAUCACCUCUACAUCACAAUGGCUUCUCUCACAGCUCCUGGAUUCGGAAGAUGCAGCAUGCAUCGGACAAAUCAAUAAUAAUCAGUGAGAUACUGGACUCAAGAACUAGAAACCUUGUAUCUGUCUCCAAAAUCAGCGAUUAUGUCCUGUCAAAUGAACUUGUCAGUAUGGCAUUAGCAAUGGUAGCAGAAGACAAGCAAAUCAACAGAGUUCUCGAGGAACUUUUUGCUGAGGAGGGCAACGAGAUGUGCAUAAGGUCGGCUGAGUUUUACCUGUACGAGCAAGAGGAAUUGAGUUUCCUGGACAUAAUGGUGAGGGCUCGUGAGAGAGACGAGAUUGUGAUCGGCUACCGGCUCGCCAACACCGAUGAGGCAAUCAUUAAUCCAGAACACAAGUCAGAGAUUAAGAAGUGGUCUCUAGACGAUGUGUUUGUUGUGAUUGCGAAAGGUGACUGACUAGUUUUACAAUGUCAUCUCACUUUUUUGGAAGCGCAAGUGUAUACCAUGAUAGUAAUAAUAGUAGUACAAUACUAAUCCAUGCUAGCUGAUAGAAAUGAUAACUGGGCAAAACAUAUGUGGAAGUACAGUCGUGAUCUCGCCCAGGCCAUUAGCACUGUAACAUGUUGAUUCCUGUCGUCUCCGUAGCAUUCAGUUCGGGACGUAGAUAACUUUGGCGCCCCAGCCUGAGAUUGUUGCUGAUGAGUAAAUAAGCAGUACAGUGGGUCAAUGCAGUAGGAAUAGCUUGUGAUUCAUGUUGUAUUAUGUAAGCUCGCAGCUAAUUAUUGAAUCCAUGCUGUGUCGAUGUUCAAAGGAAAGAGGGCAUGCAGUGUAUUAUGUGAA